CACGUGACGGAGCGUCGCCAAUCGGCGGCCGUCCUUGUCUCAGCGUUCCGGGCUCGAAAGCCGCUGCGGCCCUGGGGAGCGGCGGCCGGGACGCCGCCGGGCGGGCAUGGGUUGGAAUCGGAGCCUGAACUCCGACCUGACUACAACCAGCAUCAUGCGGUUACUAACUGCUCUUCAUUCACCUAUUGAUGCCUCCCAGAAAAAAACGCCGCCAGCGUUCCCAGAAAGGCCAGCUGCUAUUCCAAGAACCACCACUGGAGGGCCCCAAACACCACUAUGGCUCUCCCCAGCUUACCAUCACCCACACGAGACAGGUGCCCAGCAAGCCCAUUGACCAUAACACCAUCACUUCCUGGGUAUCACCUCAGUUUGAUACGACAGCAGAAGGCUGGUUCCCAGUGAACCAGAAGCGUCAUCAUCGAAACCAGGCAAGACAUUCAAGUCGAAAAUCCACCACUUCCAAAUUCCCACAUCUAACAUUUGAGAGUGCGCUGCCUUCCUCCGGUUCAGCCGCACUUGGGAUGCCCUUGGCCAGGGAAUGCCCUGGUCAGUCAGAAAAGCGCAUUUCUGGAAGGUCCUUAGUUCCAGUGCUCAGUCCUCAAAGCUAUGGGGAAGUGUCAGCACACGUGCUUCAAAACUUACCUUACGUAUUCAUUCCACCUGAUAUCCAGACCCCAGAGUCAUCGUUUGUGAAGGAGGGGCCCGUUUCCCCCAAUCAGAGGGAAUGUAGCCUUCUGAGCGGCUCCUUCCACACUAGUACUCCCAAGAGCCCAGAGGCUGGGCCUGUUCUAGUUAAAGACACCCCUGAAGAGAAGUAUGGGAUCAAGGUCACAUGGAGGAGACGACGCCACUUGUUUACUUACCUCAGGGAGAGAGGGAAGCUGAACAAAAACCAGUUCCUUGUGAAGAACUCACUGGAUUCCUCAGACUCCAGCAGUCUUGAGAAAUUUUCAUGAAGUUACUAAAGUACUUUUCUGGCUCGCAGAAGAGUACAUUAGGAGAAUAAAAUGGAAAUAAAACCAAUAACCUCAAUAGAAAAAAGAUGUCUUAACCAGAAUUUUGGAGUCAUAAGGGAAUUCAAUUCCCAGAUUUGCUUUUUAAAAUAUCUUUCCCUAGAAAGUUUUUAGUGUCAGAAACAGUUCAUAUUUUUCUUACAUUAACUGUUUAAAAUUUUAAAGUAUUUUGUAACUAUUUAAAAUGUAUGUAAAUAAAUGGUUGCAGAAAGGUU